AUGGAGAGCUUUUGCGACCGACUGGGUCUUGGUCCAUAUUACCAGCGGACAGAUCUUUGCAGUUCAGGUUGCUGGCAGCUACAGGUGCCAUAUUCGUUGUCCUUUGUGUUGGUUGAUCUCGGUUAUACCAUUGGUAUCAAGAAGUCGGUUCUUGUGCCGGUCACAUCCCUGGGGUAUUUGGGUCUGAUCGUGGAUUCCGUUCGACAAUCGUUUUUGGUGCCGCGCCGUAAGAUUGAGUCCUGGGCCUUAAUUAGGGAGAAAAUUCUUGCCUGUAAGAAAACUCUUUGGAUCAAAACUUUACAACGAUUUCAGGGGAAAUGCAUAUCUUUCUCUUUGGCUGUUCCAGCCGCGAAAUUGUUCAUUAGAGAAAUGAGUAGAGCGAUCGCUUCUAGCUUGGAUGAUGGGCAAGUGUCUAUGACCGACGCUUUGAGGGAGGAAAUUUCGCAUUGGCGUUACCUUGACGACUGGAAGGACACUCUUCCGUGGAGAGACGAGAAGCAUGUGCGUAUUGCGAUUUCUACCGAUGCGUCCGGUUAUGGGUGGGGUUGUGCAGUUCAUUCACCUUCGGAUGAUCAGAUUUUUCGAGAUUAUUGGAGUCAAGAGGAACUGUGUCUCGAUAUUUCUACAAAGAAAAAUGUUAGCUUUGUUGUAGGCUAUCAAAGCUCUUCCUGACGGAAUUAAGGAUUGCCGAAUUGAUGCUUCUAUUGACAGUAUGGCAGUAUUAGGUGCGAGGCAGAGGUCUGGCAGUAGGAGAUCCCCCCAGUUAACGUCAGCUACAAAACGACUUUAUUUUGCUCUAUCUUCUCGUAAUGUUCAGUUGAACUUAUCGUAUGUACCAUCUAAGGAAAAUGUGGCCGGUUUUCCGUCUAGGACAAUGCCACGUGUGGAUUCCAAAUUGUCAAUUUCAGCUUUUGAGAGGGUCGAUAAAGAGUUUGGUGGAGUUGAAGGUCAUUCGUUUGACUUGAUGUCUUUGGACUCAAAUGUAAUGAAGAACAAAGAUGGGUUUUCCUUGCCGCAUUUUACUCCUUUUCCAAGCCCAGACUCCAACGGUGUGAAUGUCUUCAGUCAAGACUUGCGGGUUUUUCCGUCCAUGUCCAAUCCUUAUGUCUGCCCGCCAUUUUCUUUGAUUGGUCCACUGUUGAAGUUUCUCUUGAGUUUUAAGAUCCCGUUCACUAUUGUGGUUCCAGAGUUUGUUCCUCAUCGCUAUUGGUGGGUUGAAUUGAACGCAAGGUGUUCUGGGAAAAUUUGUCUUGGUACACAGGGUGACUUGAGUGUUCUGCUAUCCCCAUCAAAGUCGGGUUAUAGUCCAACACCUUGUCCCUUUUCUAUGUGGGCGUUUCGCGUGUCUCGGUUCUAGAUGUAGAGUCGGGCUCAUUGUUUGUUUCGUUUUUGUUCGCUACAGACAUUGCCUAGAGUUCCGAAGUUAUUCACUCCCUGCGUUGCGUGCCCACGAUGCUCACAUCCGAACGAUGAGGAUUUCAAUUUCUGUCAGAAAUGUGGUUAUGUUAGACGUGCUACAAUCCAAGGACCACUAAAGAAAUUGGAUAUUGAUGAAGGUAGCAUUGCCCAACGAGUACGCGAGUUGAAUGAGCAACGUAGUUCGUCUCGUUAUUCUAAACAGAAAUCAGCUCUGGAAUUGGAGUUUAUAAAUUUUCUGGGAAACUUGUCAGCCCCAAUUCUUUGUCGUCAGCGCUUCCUUCGGAUGUUAUUGCGUUCCUUGUGUGGAAGGAUGGAAAGGGAAGGACACGAGUUCAUAGACAGGAUUGUCACACCUGGGGAGGUAAUGCGGGGCUAGAUUGUGAGUGCCCUAAACGUUUGGCAUUUGGGACUAUAGAUUCACUGAUUGGCAAGUUGCGUGCUAUAUUUCCAGAGAGUGGUCGAGGCGCAGAAUGGCAGUCUUUGUUAGGUGUAGGUAAUCCAGCUUCUUGUAGGUCAGUUAAGAAUUAUUUGAGUAAUGUGCGGGAAGAACAACUAAAGGCUAGGGUAACUCCACGCCAGGCAGAGCCUAUCUUAGUGAAUGAUUUGUUGGUUAUCUCUGAAUUCAUUAGAGCCCUUUUGUUGCAUUCUUCGACUUUGCGCGCAAUUCAGAUUUUUAUGUAUGCCCGCGAUCAGGCUUUAUUUAAGGCAUUAUUUUUUGCUGGUGAUAGAGCAGCUGAUUUGUUACAAGUAAAAGUAUCUGAUGUUUUACGUUUCUCGGAUAAUUCUGGUUUGUUGUUCAAUCAUGUUUGGACAAAGUCUCUC